UGGUGUCGGUUUAUUGCACACACGUAGCCGGCUGUAAAUUGUAAACAGACCAACAAGUUGGAUCAACAUAUGGUUUUGUAAACUGUAAAAAGUGUUAGAUUACCAACAGCCAUGACAUCAAUUAAAAGUCUAGAAGCAAGGAUAGCGCAGCUAGAAGAUGAGCUCAAGGAAGAGAAGCACAAGACAAAGUCUGCUCGACAGAAAAUUUCUCAGAUGAGCUCUGAAGUGGUAGAUUCAAAUCCAUACAGUCGAUUGAUGGCUUUGAAACGGAUGGGCAUCGUAGAAAAUUACGAGAAAAUACGCGACUACACGGUGGCUGUGGUUGGCAUCGGUGGAGUCGGAAGUGUUGCUGCUGAAAUGCUGACUCGAUGUGGUAUUGGAAAGUUACUUCUGUUUGAUUACGACAAAGUUGAAUUAGCCAACAUGAACAGACUUUUCUUUCAACCACAUCAAGCAGGACUCAGCAAAGUAGAGGCUGCAGAACGGACGCUAAGAGAAAUCAACCCAGAUGUAGAGUUUGAGACAUACAACUACAACAUCACGACACUAGAAAACUUCAAACAUUUCAUGGAAAGACUUUGCAAUGGUAGCUUGCAAGGUGACCUGCCCAUUGAUCUGGUGCUGUGUUGUGUGGACAACUAUGAGGCUAGAAUGGCAAUAAAUACCGCUUGCAAUGAAGUGGGGCAGCAGUGGUUCGAGUCAGGCGUGAGUGAGAAUGCAGUCUCUGGACACAUACAGUACAUCAAUCCCGGCGAGACAGCUUGCUUCGCAUGCGCUCCACCUCUUGUGGUGGCAUCCAACAUUGAUGAGAAAACGUUGAAGAAGGAUGGUGUGUGUGCAGCCAGCCUCCCGACGACCAUGGGCAUCGUGUCAGCCUUACUUGUACAGAACACGCUAAAGCUCUUGCUGAAGUUUGGAAAAGUAUCACACUAUGUUGGUUACAAUGCGAUGGAGGAUUUCUUUCCCACCAUGUCAAUGAAACCGAACCAGGAAUGUGACGACCGCUACUGUGUGAAGCAGCAGCUUUUGUACCAGGAGAGGGUGGUCACCACCUGCGAACAGGGUCCAGUUUCAGACGCCACGGAUGAGGUUGUGCAUGAAGAGAAUGACUGGGGUAUUAGCUUAGUUGAUGAGACAAGUGAGGAAGUGCUGCAUGCAGUGGAUGGAGGAAUUGUUCCCGAUCUUGUGGAGGGUGUCAGAUUAGCCUACACCAAGCCUGUCACUAAUACUCAGGAGGGCGAGAGCAUAGAGGAGACUGAACAAAGUCUGGAAGAACUGAUGGCUCAGAUGAAGGGGAUCUAACACGCAAUGUAUCACCAACUAAGAUAGGAAUGUCUAGACCAAGUUUUUGAUGGUAUGACAUUUUCGCAUCCAGUUUCAUGCUGUAAUGUCUAUUUGUAGCGGGAUCUGUUGGUCUGUAUUGAACUCAAGUAUAUACUCAAGUAUAAACAUAAGAUAUGUCUGUUCAAGUGCAUUUGAAAUAUAUUGCCAUUUACUAUUUAUGAUAGUGAUCUCUAAGAGGAUCAGCGCAGAGGGCAUAUCCAUCUACUAUUCCAGUAAAUCGAGGAAGCAGUUUAAAUUAUGCUGUACUAGAAUGUAACUGAAGUGGAAAAAGUGGUUUACCGUUUCUCCUUACCGCAAGCUUAUAUUGGGGUUAAAAGAAAGAUGUAUCCAUAUUUAUUACUUGUUAUUUCUGAAUAAAGCUGCAAGCAUUUAUUUUAUGGGCAAA